AGACAAAAGUGACAAGUCCGACUUGUGGGGGUUGCCACGAAAUACGGACACACUCCACAGAUACUCUCUCUCUCUCUGCGCUUCAGUUUCAGUUUGAGAAGAGAAGAGAAAGCACAAUGAACACUCUACUUUCGCCUUCAGCAUCUGCCACAACCCGUGCUUCCUUUCCUCCCUUUUCUUCCAACUUAGAUGUUCUUUCUCGCUGUUCCAAGCUCAGAGGCAUUGGAUUUCACUGCGAAAGGGAUUCUGUUAUCACUGCACUUCGCUGCAAUAGUAGCAUCUGGCCCGGUGGCCCUGCCUCUGGCGAUGGUGAUAGCAGCAGCAGCAGCAGGAGUAUUCUGGAUGCAUUUUUCUUGGGAAAAGCUGUAGCUGAAGCCGUGAACGAGCGAGUUGAAUCUGCAGUUGGCGAGUUUCUGAGUACGGUUGGUAGGUUGCAAGCUGAACAACAAAAACAAGUACAGGAGUUUCAGGAAGAAGUGUUGGAAAGAGCAAAAAAGGCCAAGGAGAAAGCAGCACGUGAGGCACAAGGACUCGUUCCCAACUAUACUGCUGAGACAGACGUUGCGGAUUCAGCUACUUCGAGAACUUCAGACUCCUCGACGGAUUCAGUUGUUGCCGUCAAGUCAAUUGAUGAAUCUGAAACGUACACCGGAGCUGCCAAAGGCGAGGAUCCCCCGAUAGAUUCAUCGAAGAUGGGUGAUCAAUGAGUGUAUAACAUGCUUAGACUCUACUGGUUUAUCUGAAUGUGAUGAGUGCCAUAUGUUUCUUGAAACUAAAUAAGUUAAUUAAAAUAAGAAUCAUAUCCUUUUUUGGAGUACCAUCCUUGUUUUGGUGGAACAUUUUAAUCAAGAGAUCAAUGCAUUCAAAUACUGA